UAUUAACUUCGAUUGUGUGGCAAUUCGCAUUCAGAAAUCCGAACAGGGCAGAAGAUGAUAAUGCAAUACUUUCCUCACUCUAAUUCGACUCAAUUUAUUUUGCCUUCUCAAUCUGCAUCAUCUCCCUCAGCUCACAACGUUCUUCCCUCUUCAAUUUCGUCUUUCUCGUCUUCAACCACAAGAAGAAGAGUUCUUUCUCUCUCUCUCGUCUCCGCCGCUUCUUUCUACGGCUUAAUCUCCUCUCUUCCUCCUCCUUCGUUGGGCUCAUCUUUGUUAUCUUCCUCUUCUUCGAAAUUCCCUGUAUCUGACUUCUUUGAGAUCCCGAAUUCGGGUGGCGUUAAGGCUUUAGACCUGCUUGAUGGUUCUGGGGAGGUUCCCACCAAUGGAGACCAGGUUGCAAUUCAUUACUAUGGACGGUUGGCAGCUAAACAAGGAUGGCGUUUUGACUCAACAUAUGACCACAAAGAUGAUACUGGUGAACCAAAUCCUUUUGUUUUCAUCCUUGGUUUUGGGAAGGUCAUUCCAGGAAUUGAGGCAGCCGUGAGAUCAAUGAAAGUAGGUGGCAUCCGUCGGGUCAUCAUCCCUCCUUCCCAAGGAUAUCAAAACACGUCACAGGAGCCCAUCCCACCCAAUUUCUUUGACAGGCAAAGGCUGUUCACCACCAUUUUUAAUCCAACGCGUCUUGCAAAUGGAGAAGGCUCCACUUUGGGAACACUUAUAUUUGAUAUCGAAUUGGUUAGUCUGAGACAUCAGUGAAGUCAACCUGUAUGAACUAGGCGUGCAGAACACAAAAUCACGGUCCACUUUCAAGUAUUUUGUACAGACAAUAAUUGGGAAUCCAGCUUAGUCACCGCUACUAUCUACCGCCUGCCGAAAGAUCAGAGGCCUUGUUCUUGGGGUUUUGUCACCUUAGACUUCAAUAUCAAGUCACUGCAUAUAGAUUGUUUCUUCUUUAAUGAUGAGAUCAUUAUUGGGCAAUAGAACUUUUACACUACAAUUAAUAAGAAAGAUGAACGGUGUAUAAGCUUGCAGUAAUACUAAAUCGCUAACUAAAUAGCUUAAGCUAUGUUUGUGCCCGAUGGUUUAUCCAUGGAAGAAGAAUCUGGAGCCUAACAGCCACAAGAUUCGAGGACUCAUGUUUAAAAUAAAUAAACUAUAGAACUGAGGCUUCUGAUGUUUAAUGGUGGGCGUGUCCCCCGGGGGGGGUAAAUUCGUUGUCUAGAGUCUCAUGAUGAUUUUUAACAACUCGGUUCAGUUUCGCUAGAAAGCAUUUGUAAUAUUCUAAAUGCUGUGAUUUGAUAUGAGGGAAUAUGUUAUGAGUUUCAUAUCAGGGAGCCUCACAAGUGCUGUGAAGUUUAUAAGUUUAAAAGACUAUUUCUUCUAAUAAAUUAGUUUUUUGGAAUUAA